ACCGGAAGAGGGGAAGGUCAGAGUAGUCCAACAUGGCGGCCCGCAGUGUGCUGAGGUCCGUCUGGAGCUCGUUUUCGGGUCUAAAACUCGGAGUUUCGGGCUCUAAUGCGGGAGUUCUGCAGCGGGUAAAUGUUCCGCUGGUUCCCGCUUUAACCGUCCAGAGCAGAGGGGUCCGACAAGUGGUGGAGAAGCAGGACGGGAAAACGACGACCAUUGAAGGUCACAUCCAGGACCUUCCAGCUGCUCCUCAGCCUCCAAACCCUGAAGCUCAGUGUCCCAUCUACAGAUGGAACCUGCAGCACAGAUACAACUACACGGACGUCCUGCUGCUCAGUCAGUUCAUCAGGUCUGAUGGAGGGAUGCUGCCUCGGAGGGUCACUGGUCUCUGUCCAGAGGAGCAUCGAAAGAUCACCAUCUGUGUCCAGAUGGCUCACCGAGCAGGUUUACUUCCGGACCACAAACCCAAACUUCCAGAAGGUCACGUCCCAAAGAGGCCCAAGCAGCAGCUCAACAGAUACCUGACCCGCUUCGCCGUCGACACGGUGAAGCCCAUCUACAAACGGGGGCUCAAGUGGUGCAAGAAGAGGAUGGCGGUGGGCCACCCGGUGCUGAAGGACAACGUUCGCUACGGAAAGAAGCCUCUGUACACCAAACACUGAUCUGUGGCUUCCUCUGGGUGGGCUGAGGAAAGCUUCAUCCAUCUGUAUUUAUGCUGUUGUUUACGGACUCCCGGUGAAUCACGCUCGGCUCCGCCCGGACCAAACGCCCCGGCCGGUGCAGCUCGGAGCGCCUUGAAGCUGAUCUGAGCUGCAGCGGGUCGGUUUCUCAGUAGGUGGUUGGGUUCGCUGUGUAAACUCCAGGCAACGCAGAUGUGCAAAUAAAACGUGUUUACUCGG